GAGGAGCACUAUAGGUGACACACAACUUUCAAAACCUGGUGCAAAAAAAUCUAAAUAGUUUUCGAAACUUGAAGGGAUUUUCUCACGACCUAUUGGCUGACAUGGGUAAUGGAAUAAAUAAGGUCCUGCCUGAUCUGUAUCUCGGAAAUAUCAAAGAUGCACGAGACAGAGAGCUGUUGGCGCAACGCAACAUCACCCACAUCCUGUCCAUCCAUGACACAGCUGCACCCAUCCUGGAGGACAUGACGUACCUGUGUAUAUCAGCUGCUGAUCAAUCUAAGCAAAACCUGAUGCAGUACUUCAGAGACAGCAUCAUGUUCAUCCACGAGUCCCGACUGAAAGGAGAGGGCUGCCUUGUCCACUGUGUGGCCGGCGUGUCCCGCAGUGUGACUCUGGUGGUGGCUUACAUCAUGACGGCGACGGGUCGCGGCUGGGUGGAGUCUCUGGCGGCGGUGAGGGCGGUGAGGCCUUGUGCGGGGCCCAACCUGGGCUUCCUCCGGCAGCUGAAGGAGUUUGAAAACACAGAACUGACCGAAUAUCGGGCCUGGUGGAAGGACCGGUACGGGAAGAACACGUUCAACGACGAUGAGGAGACGGAACACCUUUUGACUCGUAGCAGCAGCAGUAAUACCAUAACUCCCAGCAUCCCUCCUGCGCUGGGUGCAGGGGGCAGCUGACGCAAUGUCUUCUGAGAGUCUCAUCUUUCCUGAACUCAAGCAGCUGAGUGAGUGACGAGCUUCUGCUCGGACCACUAAAAACCCACUAAAGAGACCAGCUUGCCUUCAUCAUCGAUCCUGCAGAGACCAGCUCAACGCUCUGCAUCAAAAUGAUGAAUUUGAAUAUCAUGUUUGCAGAAAGGCUAAGGAGUCAUGUGGGAGGGGAGUCAUGUCCUUGCCUCUAACUGUCAAAACAACAUGCGAGGGCAGUCAAGCAUGAAACAAGGACAUACAAGUACAGUCCAGAGUGUGAACACACAUUUAGCAGCGUUCACUCCCCGUUAGUUAUGUUAUGCUGUGUCUAAUACUUGAAAUGUGAGUAGUCCAUUGCGACAGUAUCAGAAGCAAUGUGUGUUUACUAAUCACAGUGUUAUUCUUAAAUCCAUUUUGUUUUUUGUAUGUUUUGUAAACAAGUGUGUGUGGUCUAAGACUUCUCAAUCAUGCCAUAUGGAUCGGCAGUAAAAGCCUAAUUUUAAAAUCGAGAGUUUGUGGAUGAUUCACAAAGUUCUGCUCCAGAUUGAAUGUGAAUUUGCUUUUUAUUGAAUAAAAACAUUAACAUGU